ACUGGCUCAGCAGUACACAGGAAGCUGACCCAGAACUGGACCUUACACACGGCUGAUGACAACGGAGCGUGGCGUUGGGGUCAGGUGAUGGUGUACGGGAGCGGAGGUUUCGUCCAACAGCUGAACAGGAACAUAGAGGAGACCAGAACAUCACUACAGUACCUACAGCAGUUACACUGGAUGGACCACAUGACACGGGCUGUGUUUGUGGAGUUCUCUCUCUACAACACCAACACAGACCUUUUGGCCUUCUUCUCCUUCCUGUUUGAGUUCCCCGUCUCUGAGCACACUCAGUCCAGCCUCGACCUCUUGACCUUCCGCCUGCAGCCUAUCACAGGCCUCGACCUGCAGCUGCAGCUCACGGUAACCCCCGGCAGCCACACAAAGACACUGAAUACACCACUCAAUUUUAAGACAGCUAGUGCUAGCCAAUCACAGAGUGGAUAUAGUAGAGGGGCGGGAGCAGUAUCUUGGAACUAA